UACAUCUGUGAACGUCAUUUCCAGAAGAUCUCAGGAAAAUCCCUGUUUACUGGACUGCGAUCUAUCACUCAUUUCGGACGACCCGACUUCCUGUCUUUCCUGGAGUCCCUCGCCACUACCAUUCACCCAGAGGUAAGCUCUUUUUAAGGUUACAGAACACCUUUGAGUGUUAAUUUUGCCUAAAAUUUUUUUAUUGGUUUCAAUGAAAGCAUUAGACUGGUUCUACUAUCUGACCAAGUUUGAACGAAAAAUGUUGAAAACUCGCAGAGUUAUUUUAUAAAAUACAUUUCGCUGCAAUAAGAAAAACAUUGAAAAUGUAAUAUUCAAAUUCAAUUUUCUCACGAAAAAUUUUACGGUAGUUACUGAUUUUCAAACGAGUUAUGCUCCUGCGGGUUUUAACCAAUUUUUCUCAAAUUUUCACAGGGCAUAGCUAAAUACGUCAGUUUCAAAAUUGUGUUCGGUUUUUUUUUAAUUUUGGAUAUUUUAAAAAUAAAGAGCAAUUCACUCAAACAAUUCAAAAAUAUAUUGCAGUCGUCAAAGAAAUUGCCAUAUCAGCGGAAUGACGAAAUAAACAAAAAUUUCCGAACACAAUUUUUUAGAACAACUAUUUUACUGUAUAAAAAUGAUAUUUUCAUAAAUAUAACUUAAAACCAGCCGGAGCACAACUCAAAAGCGUAAAGGUACCGCGAUUUAAGAUUUUCCUGAAUAAUUCUUACAUUAUUUUAUUGCUUGUUAAUUUUACGACAUUACCAUAUUUUGCAUGCACUGGAGAACAUUUGGUGAAAAUUUGAUGAAAAUCGGACUGAUAUUGAGCGCGCAGUAGCGAUUUUCCGCAAAAAGCCAAAAAAGGGUGUCCUAUAACCUUAAUUAUUGUAUCUUGACAGAUGAUCAGUCUUUACACACGCAAAAAUCUCGCAUCUUGCAGGGACCCCGGAACAGGGGGGCCAUGUCCUCCCCCCACUUUUUUGGUGGAUAAUAAGAAAUUACCGGAUAAAAUCAAGCCUGCCUGCGUGGAAUAGCUCCCGUGCUAUCCUGCCCCCCCCCCUCCCCACACACACACACUUCUAAACAAGCUCCGCGGUCCAUGUUUUGUGGAGAUUGUUACAAGUCUGCAAACAAGUUGUUACAAAUCUGUUCAAACUGCCGACAAGUUGUGUUCGCACUGCUUGUUCCCAGUUGUUGUGAUAAGUUGUAACAAGCUUGAUGGCAUUAACAGACUUGUUACACGGUUGUCCUAACAAGUCUGAUACAAUCAUGAUCUAACAAGAAUGUUACAAGGUUGAUGACACAAGGUCGUAACAAUACUGUUAUAUCAUGACUGUAUCGGACUAGUUGGAACAACCUUGCAACAAGUCUGAUAAUAUCAACAAGGUUGUUACAAGUUGUUAACAGCUUGUUCCAAACUUGUUGACAACUUGGGACAAGCAGUGCGAAGACAACUUGUUGACGGCUUGUUGGCAGACUUGCUACACGCGUAAAAUUCUCGCAUCUUGUACCAAGUCCGAUACAUUCAUGAUAUAACAAUGUUGUUACAACCUUGUGUCGUCAACCUUGUAACAUUCUUGUUAUAUCAUGAUUGUAUCGGACUUGUUAGAACAACCUUGUAACAAGUCUGAUAAUGCCAUCAAGCUUGGUGCAAGUUGUUAACAGCUUGUUCCAAACUUGUUACAACAACUGGGAACAAGCAGUGCGAACACAACUUGUUGACAGCUUGUGAACAGAUUUGUAACAACUUGUGCCUUUAUACUUCUGUAGCACACACGUAAAAACUCACAAGUUGUAGCAAAACCUGCAGCAGACAUGUAGUAAUGUUGUUCCAACAACUUGUCAACAGGAUGUGUUCGCACUGCUUGUUCCCAGCUGUUGACAAGUUGUCUACGGCUUGUUGACAACUUGCUACAAGGUUGUUGAGCUCAACAGACUCGUUACAAGUUGUUCCAACGAAUUGAAAGAUAUUGUCCGCAAUUCAUUCCAGAAUGCUGUGAGUGACAACCUUGUAGCAACUUGAUGAAAUAACGGCAUUGUUACAACUUGUUUGACAAGCUUGCUACAAGCCUGUUGGGAACACAUCUUGUUGACAAGUUGUGAGAUUUUUACGUAUGUUUAGCAUAGACAUAUCGCUAUUCUAGCCAGUUCAUCUUGAUAGCUCGGCUUGUGUUUAAUGAAAGAUGCCUGUAUCCUAAAAUAUUCUCUUAUCCAUUCCCGCAGGCGUCUAAGAUUGGUGUGUUCAGUUGCGGACCACCCGCAAUGACGCGAGGUGUGGAAAUCGCAUGUGCGGAACUGAACAAGACGGACGGAGCGGCUUUCAUUCAUCAUUACGAGAAUUUCUAA